AUGGCGCCGCCACACGAGAAGCCGACCUUCAGAGUCGAGGCCGCGCUACCGGCGCCUGCGAAGUCUUAUUUUUUGGAGCGGGACUCUGCCGCCUUUCGAAGCCUGUUGUCCAAAAUGCUCAAGAUUGGGCAGUUGGAGUUCAACGACCUGUGGCGUGAGGGCACCUCCUCGUACGUGCGCAUGAUCACGAAACCGGAAUUCGGCAGCUGGGUGCCCAAGGGCGUGGCCAACCAGCUGAGCUCUGGCCAGCUGGAGUUCCAUGACAUCAUCGAGUACAACCCAGCCUACAUAGCGUCGCCUCCGUACAAGAUCUUUGUGCGAACAGAGAGCCCCUUCUUGAAGGACAAGCUGGAUGUGCGCAUGACGCUGACCAUUGAGGAGCUGGAUGGCGGUGCCAGCUGCAGACAGGUGCUGGAGGGCCACAUUCGUGUGAGGAUGUUUGGGGUGGGGCGCAUCGUGGAGGGAAUUGUGAAAGAGAGCCUUCAAAACACCUACAAGAAGCUGCCGGAGAUUGUGCGGCGGUGGCAGCUGUUCCGCGAGGAGGCGCUGCAGGCGGGCGAUGGGCGGCAGCUGCUGCUGGGCCGUCCGCCCGUGGGGUGCGAAGUGGGGUGGAUCAGGAAGGAGGUCGUGCAGAUCCUCCAGGAGCCGCUGCCAGAUGACGGCAGUGCCACACCCGUCAGCGCGCUGUGCCCAGUUGCGGGGGCUUCGGAGGCCAGCAAUGACAGCCCCGCUGCCCUGCUGCGGGCGCAGCACCGUCCCCAGCAGCAGCAGAGCAUGGUGGCAGAGGCGGAGGAGGCAGAGGAGAUGGCAGCGGCGAGGGAGCAGCAGACCGCAGCGCAGCAGCAGCAGCAGCUGCAGCAGCAGCAGCAGCAGGGCGAGGUGGAGCCUGCAGGAGCUGAGGAGCUGCUGGGUUUGGGACGGCGCAGCGCGGGCGUGGCGCUGUCGGGCCCCAGCGGCACGCAGUACUACGAUGCUCUCGACGAGCCGUGCGCCGGCGCCGGCAGCGGGCUGGCCGACACGGCAGCGUCGCCUGCCGGCACGCAGCCGCCGGCAAGCGGCACUGCGGAGGAGCCUGGGGAGGGCCCCAGGCACGGCUUGGCGGCGCUUGCAGCGGCAGUGCUGGCGCGUGGCGCGCACCACCGGCGCGGCCUGAGUGCCAGCAGCGCCACCAGCACCGACACGCCCACCACGGGGGAGGAGGGGGCGCCUGGGCGGCAGCAGCCCAUGUCCCGCCGCUUCUGGCGCCGCUUCAACCGCGACUACGGCGAGUGGGAUGCGUACUGGGACACGAUGGGGGUGGAGGCGGAGGAGGUGGAGGGGCAGCCCGCCACGCGGGGCAUCGUGUCUGGCGCGCUUCACGCGGCGGAGGAGAUGCUGAGGAACAGCUACUACUCCACAUCCAUCCUGGUGGCGCUCUUCCUCAUGCGCAACGGCUGGCUGCGGGUGCAGCCAGACAUCAAUGCAGACCCGCAUGACGAGCACACGCGGCAGCACGCCGGCCACCGCCACACCCGCACACACAGCAGCAGCGGCUUGGGCGACGCCAGCCUCCCAGACCUUGGCGGCAGCAGCAGCGAGGCUGAUGCCAGCGGGCGUCCGCUGCCACCGGCCCGCGCCCAGUCGCUCACGCGCGUGGCGCAGGAGGUGCAGAAGCGGCUGGUGUCGGGCUCUCGGGCGGUGGCCAAAGCGCCUGUGCGGGCGGUGGCCAAGGCGGGCUCCUCGAUGCGGCAGGCCAGCCUCAACUGGGGCGACCUCUUUGCCCGCCCGCCGCGGCCCAGCAGCGCCAACGGCAACGACCGCAGCAGCAUCGACGGCAGCGGCAAGGCCGGCGCAGAUGGCAGCGUAGCGGGGCCGCUGCCGCCGCGGCCUCCCAUUGCGGCAGCAGCGCAGGCGGGCGGCAGCGGGGGCAAUGCCAUGCACGGCGGCGGCCGCCACAGGAAGACUGUGAGCCUGGACACGGGCACCGCAGCCGAGGCCCGCCGUGCAGCCGCAGCCGCCAUGGAAGCGCACGAGCAGCUUGCGGUCGGGGCAGGGGCCGGUGGCAUGCCAGCGGGUGUGUCCCCCAGCAAGGCGCUGCAGCGGCGGCCCAGCAACAUGGCGUCGCUGGCCAUGGCAGCCAGCAUGGAGCGAGCAGAGCACCGCGUGCACUCCCAUGGCGGGGGGCGCUGCCGCCUCUCCUGCUUCACCAUCUGCAGCCGCCAGCCCGCGAGAGGCUCCGCGGUCUAUAGGGCCCUCGACGACAGCGACUGCGGUGUGGCGCCUGCCACCGUGGCUGGCGCGGGCGGCGCCAUCAGCCUGGCCAAUGCCAAUGCCGAGCGCGCUCUGCUGCGCAUCAAGCAGAAGCUGGAGGGGGUCGAGGCAGGCAAGGGCGAGGCGCGGGGUAUGGAGGGUCAGGUGCAGCAGCUGCUGCAGGAUGCUCAGGACCGCGACAAGCUCUACCGCAUGUAUGUGGGCUGGCAGGCGUGGUGCUAG